UGGCGAGUCGUUAUACCGCCCAGUUAAUAUACAGAGGUUCAUGGGACUUCUUGGUUAACUAUCUGUACGGUGUGGAAAUCUUCUGAUUGUGAGAGAUGGCACAAUGGGUCCCUUGUACCUUCCCGAUCUAUGCUCUCUGCACACUGAAGAAGACGCCUCGAAUACACCCUGCACAAGAUACCGCGUCCUCGUGCAUCCCCGGGCUGGAAUUGAUGUGCAUAAGGGUCGGCAAAGUCUCGCCCCCGUUAUUGGCACAAAGAGCGAACACGAAUGAUCACGGAACAGGUCGCGAUGUUGUCAGUUUGUUCGGUGGUGUUGAACUCCUUUAUCUUUUGAACACGAGCUGCACGAUCUAUUACUUUAAGAGUAUCGACUUCGCCACGUCGGUUUCCUUGGCUUUCACAGAUCCUCGCAUUAUUUGCACAUUGGUCCCUCCGCAUCCCCCUGUUAGAGUCUGCGCACGAAGUCUCUUCCGACAGGAGCUUCUUUCGUCUGGAUUUCUUCAGAGAGAGUUUGAAAGCUUGCCAGACAAUGCCUCUGAGAACAACUACAACAGAUAUCAGGGGCGCGCAUCUGUACUAGUCUUGUCAGUUCAGUUGUCGCGACUGCAGUCAUCUUCUUCCACUUGAUCGACAAUCAAGCGCGUUUAUCUUAAUCCCUUUUACCCUACGCCUGCCUCUUCGUUCCCUAGCUCAGUCCAUGAUUCAUCAUCGCCACGGCUGUUAUCCGCCUUCUU